AAACAAAAGACUUUGCCAAAAUGUUGACCAAUUUCGAGUCAAAAUCGGCUCGCGUCAAGGGUCUCUCGUUUCACCCGAAACGACCCUGGAUCCUGACCAGUCUGCACAGCGGCGUCAUCCAGCUGUGGGACUAUCGCAUGCACACUUUGCUGGAGAAGUUCGAUGAGCAUGACGGACCCGUGCGUAGUGUGGCCUUUCAUCAACAGAUGCCGCUGUUUGUGUCCGGCGGAGAUGACUACAAGAUCAAGGUGUGGAACUAUAAACAGCGUCGCUGCAUUUUCACGCUGCUGGCGCAUUUGGAUUAUGUACGCACAGUCGCUUUUCAUCACGAGUAUCCGUGGAUCUUGAGUGCCUCCGAUGAUCAGACCAUACGCAUCUGGAACUGGCAGUCGCGCAACUGCAUCUGUGUGCUCACCGGGCACAAUCACUAUGUGAUGUGCGCCCAAUUCCAUCCGACAGAGGAUCAAAUUGUGUCCGCCUCGCUGGAUCAGACGGUGCGUGUUUGGGACAUAUCCGGACUGCGUAAAAAGAAUGUGGCACCCGGUCCCGGUGGACUAGAUGAGCACCUGAAGGGCCAUCCGGGCGCCACAGAUCUGUUCGGCCAGGCCGAUGCAGUGGUCAAGCAUGUACUAGAGGGUCACGAUCGCGGCGUCAACUGGGCCAGUUUCCAUCCAACGCUGCCGCUGAUUGUGUCCGGCGCCGAUGAUCGCCUGGUGAAGCUGUGGCGCAUGAACGAGUACAAGGCCUGGGAGGUGGACACGUGCCGUGGCCAUUAUAACAAUGUGUCCUGCGUGCUAUUCCAUCCACGCCAGGAUCUGAUCAUCUCGAACGGCGAGGAUCGCAGCAUACGCGUCUGGGACAUGACCAAGCGCCAGUGUCUGUUCACAUUCCGGCGUGACAACGAGCGCUUCUGGAUUAUGGCAGCUCAUCCCACGCUGAAUCUGUUUGCUGCCGGCCACGAUGCGGGAAUGGUGGUCUUCAAGCUGGAGCGUGAGCGUCCUGCUUAUGCGGUGCACGGCAACAUGUUGUACUACGUGAAGGAUCGCUUCUUGCGCAAACUGGACUUUACCACGACCAAGGACACGGUGGUGAUGCAGCUGCGGCCCGGCAAGUCGCCCGUCUACAGCAUGUCCUACAAUCCCGCACUGAAUGCGGUGUUGAUAUGCACGCGCACCAACAAUCUGGAGAACAGCACCUAUGAUCUGUGCCAAAUCCCCAAGGACAGCGAGAGCGACCGACAAAAUGAAUCGGACAGCAAGCGCAGCUCCGGCAUUACGGCCAUUUGGGUGGCACGCAAUCGUUUCGCCGUGCUCGAUCGCAAUCAGCAGCUGGUGGUGAAGAACUUCAAGAACGAGGUGACCAAAAAGAUACCCACAUUCUGUGAGGAGAUCUUCUAUGCCGGCACAGGCAUGCUGCUCAUACGCGAUCCCGAGUAUGUGACCCUGUACGAGGUGCAGCGUCUGGUUUCCGUCGGCAGCAUCAAGCUGGCCAAGUGCCGCUAUGUGGUCUGGUCGCCGGACAUGUCGCUGGUGGCAUUGCUAUGCAAGCAUUCGGUUACCAUCUGCGAUCGCCGGCUGCAGUAUUUGUGCACCGUGCAGGAGAAUUGUCGCGUUAAAUCGGGCGCCUGGGACGAGUCGGGCGUGUUCAUCUAUACGACAAGCAAUCACAUCAAAUAUGCCAUCACCAAUGGAGAUCAUGGCAUCAUACGCACCCUGGAUCUGCCCAUCUAUUUGACGCGCGUCAAGGGCAAUCAGGUGUUCUGUUUGGAUCGCGAGUGUCGCACCCGUGUCCUGCACAUCGAUCCCACGGAAUACAAGUUCAAGCUGGCGCUAAUUCAGCGCAAAUACGACGAGGUCUUGCACAUGGUGCGCAAUGCCCGGCUCGUGGGCCAGAGCAUCAUUGCGUAUCUGCAGCAGAAGGGCUAUCCGGAGGUGGCGCUGCAUUUUGUCAAGGACGAGAAGACGCGCUUCGGCUUGGCCCUGGAGUGCGGCAACAUUGAGAUUGCUUUGCAGGCGGCCAAAGCGUUGGACGACAAGGACUGCUGGGAUCGGCUGGGCCAGGCCGCCUUGCUGCAGGGCAAUCAUCAGGUGGUCGAAAUGUGCUAUCAGCGCACCAAGAACUUUGAUAAGCUGAGCUUCCUCUAUCUGAUCACCGGCAAUCUGGACAAGCUAAAGCGUAUGAAUAAAAUUGCCGAAAUACGCAAGGAUGUCUCCGCACAGUACCAGGGCGCCCUGCUCCUGGGCGAUGUCAAGGAACGCGUUAGCAUUCUCAAGAAUUGUGGACAGCUGUCGCUGGCCUAUCUCACAGCGGCCACCCAUGGCCUGGAUGAGCUGACGGAGACGCUGGGCGCCACCAUUAGCGCCGAGGGCAGCACAUUGCCGGAGGUGAACCCGAAUGCCCAGCUGCUGCAGCCGCCUGUGCCCAUACAGCAGCUGGAGACCAACUGGCCGCUGCUGUCCGUGUCGAAGGGCUUCUUUGAGGGUGCCAUGGUCACCCGGGCGAGCGGCAGCAUUACUGCACGCCAAGCGCUUAACAUCAAUGCGGAUGCUGCGCUGUUGGACGAGCACAAUGGCGGCGGCGAUGGCUGGGGAGCCGAUGCAGAUCUGGGCCUGGGCGAAGAUGAUGACGGCGAUGAGGAGAUGCAUGAUGCCUUGAGCAAUGACGAGGCCCAGGAGGAGGGCGCCGGCGGCGGCGGCUGGGAUGUGGGCGACGAUGAUCUGGUGGUGCCCAUUGAGCUGGCCUCCAAGAUCAAGGCCUCGGCGCUGGACAGCAACUAUUAUGCGGCGCCGAACAAGGGUCAAUCGCCGGCACAGCAUUGGGCCAACAAUUCGCAGCUGGUGCUGGAUCAUGUCAAGGCGGGCGCCUUUAACAGCGCCUUCCGUUUGCUCAACGAUCAGCUGGGCGUGGUCAAUUUCAAGCCCUUCAAAACGCUAUUCCUGCAGAACUAUGCCUGCUCGCGCACCAGCUACACGGCCAAUCCCAAUCUCCAGUCGCUCAGCGGUCAUCCGCUGCGCAAUUUCGCUGAGACCAAUCCGAAGCUGCAGCGUCCUGCGCUAGGCAUUAAGCUAAACGAGCUGGUGUCGCGCCUUCAGGCGGGCUACCAGCUGACCACAUCAGGCAAAUUCGGCGAGGCCAUCGACAAGUUCCACUCCAUACUGAUGAGUAUUCCGCUGCUGGUGGUCGAGACCAAACUGGACACAGCCGAGGCGCAGCAGCUGCUUAAGAUCUGCGCGGAGUAUAUUGUGGGCCUGAAAAUGGAGACCGUGCGCAAGGGCAUGCCCAAGUCGACGCUGGAGGAGCAAAAGCGUUUGUGUGAGAUGGCCGCCUACUUUACGCACUGCAAGCUCCAGCCUGUUCAUCAGAUACUGACGCUGCGCACCGCAUUGAACAUGUUCUUCAAGCUGAAGAACUACAAGACGGCGGCAUCAUUUGCGCGCCGUCUGCUGGAGCUGGCGCCGCGUCCGGAGGUGGCGCAGCAGGUGCGUAAAAUCUUGCAAGCCUGCGAGGUGAAUCCCAUCGAUGAGCAUCAGCUGGAGUACGAGGAGUUCAAUCCGUUCAACAUCUGCGCCAUCAGCUGGAAGCCGCUCUAUCGCGGCAAACCGGAGGUGACCUGCCCCUUCUGCGGCAGCGCCUAUGAUACCCAAUACAAGGGCAAUCUUUGCGCCGUCUGCGAGGUCAGUCAAAUUGGCAAGGAUUGCAUCGGUUUGCGCAUCUCUACAUUGCAAUUCCGUUAAACGGACACACGCGCGCACCCAUUAAAUGUUUCUUCUAGUUUUAAACAUGUCUAUAAAGUAUCCAUUAAUAUAUAAUAUAUGUAUAUGCAAUACACAAUUGAAAUAUUUAGUUGACUAUUUUUCCAACCUUUUUGUAUGCCAAUCCAAGUGCUUAUCCGUUUGAGCCCAAAGCGGCACAUUAGCCUAAAAUAUUAAAUAUAUAAUGUUAUUAAAAAUUAAAAA